AUCGAGUUCGUAACAGCCAUGGAUUUUGUAUCACAGCACAAGGGCCAGCUGGGCAUCAUCACAGCAUUGGUGGUCUAUUCUGCCGCCAAAAACAAGCUGACACCUGGCGGCAUCAUAGCUGCGAUCGUGACAGCCGGCAUACACAUGGUACAUCCAUGGGGAGUCUUCUUCAACCUCCUCGUAGGUUUCUUUAUUGCCGGCACCCUGGGCACAAAGCCGCAUUGUCACCCAUAUCGAACAAUCGAAUUGACAGCAACAACAGNNAUCAACCACACGGCUAAGAAAACUCUUACUCAGUCAGCGACUGGCGGUGUAGGGGGUGAGGGUGCUCGCAACUAUGCCCAAGUGUUGGCCAAUUCGGGUACUGCCUCGCUUUUGAUCCUUUGGCAUCUGUAUGCCUCUCGAAAUGGUGGUACCAGUCUCAAAGAUGGGUUCGGCUUGAUCGAUGCUAUCCCAUUCGGCAUUGCUGCCUCCUACGCCGCUGCUGCCGCCGACACUCUCAGCAGCGAACUUGGUAUCCUAUCGCCAACAUCCCCUGUUCUCAUCACAGCACCAUGGCGCAGUGUGCCUCGUGGAACCAAUGGAGGUGUCACCAUAACUGGUCUGCUCGCUGGUCUGGCAGGCUCUGUUUUCAUCUCAACUCUCGCAUACUUCAAUCUGCCUUUUUCCCGAAUGGCAUGGACUGGGGACUCCAAGUUCCUCUUUUGGGUCGCAUUGACGGUUGCAGGAUUCAGCGGCACAUUGCUAGAUUCACUGUUGGGUGCGCUGGUCCAAGCUACAGUGGAGGAUAAGACCAGUGGUAGAGUUGUUGAGGGUGACAAUGGCAAGAGAGUCAAAGUCACUGCGGGUGGCAGUAGAGUGCAAAGAGGCAUGGAUCUGCUCAACAACAACGGUGUCAACUUUGCUAUGGCUGCCACCAUUGCUGUUGUAGGCAUGGCAGCUUGGAACUCGAUGGUGCAGAAAAUAAUCUUGGCUUAG